AUGCUCAGGAAGUCUUUGAUCGCGGCCUCUGCCGGCCUCGUUGGUACUGCCCAGGCGUUCUGGCGCAUGGAGUGUCCCGGCCGUGUAACUCUCGCUCGCCUUGAUCCCAUCGUCGACCCGGGCCAAAUUUCCAGCCACUUGCACACCGUUCAUGGCUCCAAUGCCUUCGGUGAGGUGUCCGACACUGCCUCUCUUGUCGCGGGCGACUGCACAUCAUGCCGUGUCACACAAGACAAGUCGGCGUACUGGACCCCUACCAUGUACUUCAAGGAUGAUGAUACCGGCGAGUUCGAGAUGGUCGAGCAAGUUGGUGGUAUGCUGGCAUACUAUCUUCUAAACGGCAAGGAUAUCAAGGCCUUCCCCCAAGACUUUUCCAUGAUCGCUGGCGAGAACAAGCGUCGCACCUACACCGCCGGCGACCCCAACGAGGACCCUGCCAAGUCUGAAUGGGCGGCGCUCGGCCAAACCACGCAGACGGACCUGGAGCAGCGUGCUCUGGGCUUCAACUGCCUGAACUACGACAAGGACCCCGAGGGCACCCUGUACCGCCACGUCAUGCCCGACAAGGACUACAUGAACGCCAACUGCAAAGAUGGCCUCCGCCUUGAGCUCAUGUUCCCCUCGUGCUGGGACGGCGAGAAUGCGCAGAGUGACGACCACAAGUCCCACGUUGCCUACCCGGACCUUGUCAUAACCGGGACCUGCCCAGACUCUCACCCCGUGAGCGUCCCGGGUCUCCUGUUCGAGACCAUCUGGGCUACGCAGGCCUUUGAAGAUCGGAACGGCAUGUUUGUCAUUUCCAACGGUGACCCCACUGGGUACGGCUACCACGGCGAUUUCAUCAUGGGCUGGGAUGUCGACUUCCUCCAGAAUGCCGUCGACACGUGCACCAAUCAGAGUGGCCGCAUCGAGGACUGCCCUAUCUUCGACGUCGUCUCCGAGACCGAGGCCAAGUCCUGCGAGGUCCCCAAGCUGCCCUCUGUCCUCCAGUCGGAGAAGGUCUUGGAGAGCUUGUCCGCUCUUCCCGGCAACGUUCCGAUCACGUAUGAAGAUGGCAAGACCGACGACACGGAGCAGUCUCCCGCGCCGUCUCCGUCUUACAAGCCUGGCGAAAUCCCUGCGGAUCCCGCCUCGCCUCUGCCUGGUCAGGUCUUCAAGGAAACUGCGGUCAGCGUGGCCCCGGCCCCCUCUUCGGCCCCCUCUUCGGCCCCCUCUUCGGCCCCCUCUUCGGCCUCCUCUUCGACCAGCGACGACGACGCUGUUGUAAUGGCCGCUGCCGAGCCCGAGCCCGAGCCCGAGCCCGUCACCACCACUACAUCCUCCGAGGCCAUCCCCACCACCACGUCUGCUCCCGAGACCGCCCCCGUGGAACCCGAGCCUGUCUACGACAGCACUCAAUACAUCACCUCUGGCAACAUGGUCACCAAGAUCCUGUGGGAUGAGGAAAUAGUUUGGGUCACCGAAAUGGUCGACUCCACCACAACCGUGACCGUCGAGGGAGCGGCCCCCGAGGCCUCGGCUCCGCCUGCCGCUGAGGUCGACCCUGUUCCUGCAGCGCCAGCCGCUGAGCCGGUGCCCGCCGAGGCCCAGCGCAAGCGGCGCGCGGCUCAUGUCCACGGACACGGCCACCACCACAAGUUUUAA